AUGGGUGUGAUGAAUGCUUCUGUUAGAUCAUCACAACUCCCUAGGCAAACUUCAAGCUUCUGUGAAGUCUCAACGAUAGCGCGUAGAGAAAGAAAGAAAUGGACAGUCACUGAUGAUCUUGUGCUCAUUAGCGCAUGGCUAAACACGAGCAAAGACCCUGUGGUGGGCAAUGAGCAGAAAGCAUGUGCAUUCUGGCAGCGCAUUGCAGUGUACUUUGCAGCAAGUCCGAAGGUGAAAAGAGGUGAAACCCAAGAGGCCAUUCAGUGCAAGCAAAAGUGGCAGAAGAUGAAUGAUCUUGUGUGCAAGUUUUGUGGAGCUUAUGCGGCUGCAACAAGGCAGAAAACAAGUGGCCAGAACGAGGCUGAUACUGUUAAACUUGCACACGAAAUCUUCUACAAUGAUCACAAGAUUAAAUUUAAUCUUCACCAUGCUUGGGAGGAGCUAAGGAAUGACCAGAAAUGGUGUGAAAUUGCUAGUUCCAAGAUUGAUGGAAGCGGAAAGAAGAGAAAGUAUGACGAUGGAGCACAAUCUGAAAGCUCUCAAGCAACUUCCAAUCUCGGAGAUCAACCAACGAACCGUCCUCCUGGUGUCAAGGCUGGGAAAGGAGCAUCUGGUAAGAGAAGUAUAGCGGAUCACCAGGCUGUCACUCACUUUCAGACCAUGUGUUCUAUUAAGGAGAAAGAUUUGGCAGUUAAGGAGAAAGAUUUGGCGGUUAAGGAGAGAGUUUCGAAGAUGUCUUUGCUUGACAGUCUCAUUUCCAAAAAAGAUUCACUUUCUGAAGCUGAAAAAGCUCUAAAGCAGAAGUUACUAACGGAGAUGCUUAUCUCUGGAUUUUCUGGAAAUGUGGCAACUGCGCGAAGCCAAGUCUCUGUGGGAAUGGAUUUGCUCACUGGCUCUACCGUUAUGAUUCCUACUGUUAUUUGUGGAACUUGCACGGUUGUUGGCAAGUGUAACAUUUGUGAAACUAUGGCAAGUGUUCUUGAUACUUUUGAUGCGCUCAUGCGGUGUACUGAGACGGCGUUGGUAGCGUGUUUCUGA